UAUUAUUUCCGUGGGUAGCCAGACACCACUGAUUUGCUCAAAGCGUGGAUAAGACUAACUCCUGGUUCCUUGCGGUGGGGAUAUUGUGUGUGGUUUUAAUGUUUGCCUGACUUAGAAUCCAUGUACUGCGCGGCAAAAGCGAGGGACAAAACAAAAGCAUGUGGACAUCGUUUUCAACGACGGUGGUAUAGUACAACAGGUCCCUGCCUGAACUUCAGCACCCAAGCAUGGGGCUCCGGUCAGCUCAGAAGAAGCACUUUCCCCUCCGGGGCAUUGAUGGAAUAAUACAGCUGUUCGACUAUGAGCUUGGAAACCCGGAGCCAGACCUGGCCCUGCUGUCUCUCGUACUGGGCUUUGUGGAGCACUUUCUGGCUGUCAACCGGGUGGUGCCCAUUAACGUGCCAGGAGUGCGCUUCGAACCCCUGAAAGGAGACUGCCUCAACUCCUGCUUUCCCACCGUCGAGCUCGGACUGAUCUCUGCUCUGCAUGAGCGCUUCACAGCGCAGAUUCGUGGUGCGGUGGACCUGUCGCUGUAUCGCCGUCCUGCUGGAGGCUCGAGCAGGGAGCUGGUGAAGAAGGUCUCAGAUGUAAUCUGGAACAGCCUGAGCCGAUCAUACUUCAAAGACAGAGCCCAUAUUCAGUCUCUGUUCAGUCUGAUCACAGGCACAAAGCUGGACAGCUCUGGUGUGGCGUUCGCAGUAGUGGCUGCCUGUCAGGUGCUGGGACUGAAGGACGUCCACCUCGCCUUGUCUGAGGACCACGCCUGGGUGAUCUUCGGCAAAGGGGGCGAGGAGACAGCUGAGGUCACAUGGCAUGGCAAGGGGAAUGAGGACAGGAGAGGCCAGACUGUCACUGCUGGAGUCAAUGAGAGGAGUUGGUUGUAUCUAAAGGGUUCCUACAUGAAGUGUAACCGUAACAUGGAGGUCGCGUUCAUGGUGUGUGCCAUCAACCCGUCCUUAGAUCUGCACACAGACAGCACUGAGCUGCUGCAGCUUCAGCAGAGAUUGCUUUGGCUGCUAUACGAGCGUGGAGUCUUGGAGAGGUAUCCCAUGGCGAUGGGCACCCUUGCUGACUUGGAAGAUCAAGAACCUAUUGUUGGCAAGGGAGACCCUCUCUCAAUUCAUCUCAAGGCUGUAGAGUCGUCCAAGACGUACUACAACAACGAGCACAUCUACCCUUUCAUGUACCUGGCUGGGUACCACUACAGACACAGGAACGUUCGCGAGGCUUUGGGGGCCUGGGCCGAGGCCGCCUCCGUCAUGCAGGAUUACAACUACUGCCGUGAAGAUGAAGAGAUAUAUAAGGAGUUUUUUGACAUCGCGAAUGAUGUCAUCCCCACACUUCUCAAAGAGACAGCUGCUGCCGCCGAGAGUGGAGGAGAGGGCACCGAGAGUACAGAAAAGGACCAGCCAAGACAGGCCGCGGCCCUGUCUGCCCUGCACGACCCAGAAUGCUUUGCGCACUUGUUGCGUUUCUAUGAUGGCAUUUGUAAAUGGGAGGAGGGGAGUCCCACACCUGUGCUCCAUGUAGGCUGGGCCACCUACCUUGUUCAGUCCCUCAGUCGCUUUGACGCGCAGAUAAGACAGAAAGUGACAAUCUUCACCCGAGACCCAGAACCACAAGAUGACGAUGACCAGUCCAGCGACGACCCCCGCGAGGGCCGCCGGAGGGGCCCGCGGCGCGAGUCCAAGCUGGAGGAGCAGGCAGGGCCGUCGCCGCCUGCCGCCGCCCCGCCCCCUCAGGUGCCCCAGCCCAAAAAGAUCGGUGGAGAGGGCGGUCGGCGCCGCUCUUCUGCGAGCGGCCGGGUCAAAGAGGCAGAGGGGAAGACCGAGCCUUCUUCCCCAAGCCCCGCCCCGUCGCCUAGCCAGAUGAUGGCCGCCGGCGGACCUGUGGUGACGUUCCACAGCGAGAAGAUGAAGGGAAUGAAGGAGCUGCUCUCGGCGGCCAAGAUCAACUCUAGCGCCAUUAAGCUGCAGCUCACUGCCCAGUCGCAGGUCCAGAUGAAGAGGCAGAAACCCACCCCCUCUGGGGAAUACACCCUCUCUUUCAUGAAACGCCCCCGCAAAACUCUCUAGAAUGCUUAUCUCAUGAACACCCCCCCCCCACUCCCACCCCACAUACACACCCCAUUUUGCAACUUCGUUUGAACCUUGAAUAAACAUUAGUUUGCUCGCAGGACUGACGCUGAUAAAGUAGAAUGCAAUAGAUUUGAAGUUGAAUAUGGGAACCGUUGGUGGUUUAUUGAAUGGUUCAUUAUGUACCAGCACUGAUGUGAUUUAUUGCUGUAUAGUAGGACUUACCAGCUACAGUCCACGAGGCCCACAGUGCUGUACAGUUUAGUGGUUCUAAGCUCAAACACCUGCCUCAUCUGCUAAUUGUAAAUUAAUUCCAUAGCUGAGACACUUGUGUUAGUGGCAUAAACCACUAAACUGUCUUGUGACCCUUUAGGACUGCAAUGGCACAGUUCUGCUGUAUAGUAAAAUAAUAAUAAUUAAAUGUUGCCUUACUUUUUAUAUUGUUUCUUUUUGCAGUAAUUGUGAUAUAAUAUUACCACAUUACCAAAGUUUAACUGCUGUAAACGUACAUUUGAAAGAAUUAAGUUGUUUCUCUAAUUGCCUUCUGUCCUAAUGCUUUGAAAUGUCAUGUCGAUUUUUCUACAUGCCUUUUUUUUUUUCAUAUUUUAGCAUGUUUGGACAAAUUUUACAUGCUAGCAUUUUUGCAUUGAUUGCAUUCAUUCCUUUGUUGCCAUGUUAGUGUAAGAUUUCACUUUGUAGGUGAGUAUGUUUUCAUGAAAGCGCUUCAGAACUUGAUCACGGUUGAACUAUUUUUAAAUAAUAAAAGUCUCUUUAAAACA